AUGCACCGCUCAGCACGGGAGCCCCCACUGCUGUACACUCUGUCCACACACAACUGCACGGACAAGUACCCAACCAAUCACAUCGUCAGGUUCACUGGUGACACAACCGCGGUGGGACUCAUCACCAACGAUGCGGAAACGGCCUACAGAGGGAAGUUGAAAGAGCUCGAGGCCAGAUAUACGGUGGAGAGCGUCCUGUUUGGUACGGAAGCUGAACUGUGGCAGACGGGAAGACUCCAUGCGUUCUACCAGCUGGCUCUCAGCUUUGAGAGGUGCCGUCAGAAGUGGAAGGCGGCGGAGGAAGAACUGGCGGCCAGCCGGAACCUCCUGGCUGAGGUGCAGCUGGAGAAGACAUCUCUGGAGGUCCACCUCAAGCAUGCCCGACAUCAGCUGGACAUUGAGCUGAAGCGAAGGCACAAGGCGGAGCUGGCUUGCGAGCAGCUGGAACGGCGUCUCCAGUUGAUCCAUGACGUGCUGAGUUGUGAGGGUCCAGCCUUGGGCCUACAGGCCGAAGACCGGGAGAAUAUUCUGAACGUGCUGAACAGCCACUCUGGGGCCACCAGAAGCAGGUUCCCCACGGUGGAGGAGACUCUGAUGUCCAACCUCUCUCACUCGGGCAUCAGCUAUGACCGGACCAGCGACGAGAUGUUGGUACCAGCGACGACUGGUAGAGUGACCAGGCCGAAGAACCGGGAUAGGAGGUGCUCUGCCCGCAUCCUCGUGGACAGCGUUCCCCGCGGCACCCGCAGGUCCCGCUCUUCCUCUGAGCUGAUCCUGGACCCAGCCGGAAGCCCUUUGGUCGCGGAGCCCGUGGACAGGAGUCGGAGCCCGAAGCGCCCCGGGUCGCCCCAACCAGUGGCUUCACGGCCGAGACGCUCCCUCAUGCCAGAGCUGGCUGACGGUGGGGUGAGGAACCAGCAGACACCACAGACUGCUCCAGCACCUCCAGCAGGGAUCCUGUGCUCACCAAGGGGAUUAUCCAGCCCUGAGAACAAGGCCCCAUCCAGGCCCCACAACUUUGUCUCUAAAACGAUUAUCCGUCCGGAAUCCUGCCUUCCUUGCGGCAAACGGAUCAGGUUUGGGAAGGUGGUACUGAAGUGCCGUGGUUGCUGCCUGGUGUCUCACCCGGACUGCCGUAGACUGUGCCCCACCCUCUGCGCACCCAACUUCACCCCGACCUUGGUCAAAAAUGGAGAGGGAACGGUUGCUGACUUCGCUCCUCCAACAACCCCCAUGAUCCCAUCGCUCGUCAUUCAUUGCAUCAGCGAGAUUGAACGCCGGGGGUUACAGGAGCCAGGGAUUUACCGUAUUCCUGGCUGUGAGCGUACGGUGAGGGAGCUGAGGAAGCACUACGUGCGAGGGAAGGGGCUGCCGCUGCUGAGCCGCGUUACGAACAUCCACGUCAUCUGCGGUCUGCUAAAGUACUUCCUCCAUAAGCUGAAGGAGCCAGUGGUGACGUUUGGACUCCAGCCGACGUUCCUGGCCGCUACCGAUCUCCCUGCCGAACACAGCCAGGUGGAGCUGUGCCGAGCCCUGGCCACCCUUCCCUGCGCCAACCGUGAGACCCUGGCCUACCUUGUCACGCACCUGCACAGGGUAAUUCGCAGCCCAGCGUGCAGGAUGGAUCAAAGAAAUCUGGCCCGAGUCUUCGGCCCAACGCUGGUGGGACACGCCAAGCCCGACCCUCACCCGCUGGAGGUGAUUGAGGACAUGAAACGGCAGCCGGAGGUCGUGGAGCGUCUCCUCUUGCUGCCCCCUGAAGUCUGGAGCCAGGUCGUGUCGAAGGCACCUGCAGGAAGUGGAGCCUGUGAGCCUAAGCCUUUUGUGUCUGGUACUCUGUUCAAGCCACUGACCAGCCCUGAUGUGGCCAAGAUGGACCUUUCUCCUGGCUGCUGUCUGCCCCUCGGCUUGCUAACUGGAACCUCCGACAAGUUAUUCCCUUCACCAACCGCAAAAUGAACUGCCCGCAAAGAACCGCUACAGAGAGAACAUUGUCCCAGCGGACCCUGGCAAGUUCUGCAUCCCUCACCUGUCUGGAGAUUUGGUUUCCUUUCGAGUUUUACUCCAUGUUUUUCUGGGAUGAUCGGUCUCCAG